GUAGGGAGAAGUAGUGCUGAACUCAUUCAAACUUCUGUCACAUCCACGGGGGAUAUGAACAACCCGGUAUAGUCAGUCCAGCGUCCCCUUUUAACCCAGAAACAGUAUAUUCAACGUAGAGGGGACGGAUAGGGUCAAAACAGAUAAAACGUUAUAACUCUUCAUAUAAAUCAACACAUCUCUAAGCAGAUUCCUACUUAACGUGCAGCAGCUCAUUGCCUGCGCCAAGCAGCAGCACUAUGCCCAUUUUACUUUUCCUGCUAGAUACGUCCGCGUCAAUGAAUCAGCGCACCCACCUGGGCACUACCUACCUGGAUAUAGCUAAAGGCGCUGUAGAGACUUUCAUGAAGCUCAGAUCCCGGGAUCCUGCCAGCAGAGGAGACAGGUACAUGCUGGUCACACUGGAGGAGCCUCCUUAUGGGAUCAAGGCUGGAUGGAAAGAAAAUCACGCAACCUUUAUGAAUGAGCUGAAACAUCUUCAGGCAGUUGGACUCACCACCCUCGGUCAAUCCCUAAGGACAGCCUUUGAUUUGUUAAAUUUAAAUAGAUUAGUAACUGGCAUAGACAACUAUGGGCAGGGAAGAAACCCUUUCUUCUUGGAACCGGCUAUUAUUAUUGUAAUAACUGAUGGAAGCAAACUGACAACGAGCAGUGGAGUCCAGGACGAACUACAUUUACCACUAAACUCUCCAUUGCCCGGGAGUGAGCUGACCAAGGAGCCAUUUCGUUGGGACCAGAGACUCUUUGCGUUGGUCCUUCGUCUGCCUGGAGCAACCUCUGUAGAGCCGGAGCAGGCAAUGGCCGUGUCGUUGGAUGAAUCGUGCAUCACUCCAAUGUGUGAUGUAACGGGGGGUCGUUCAUACUGUGUCUGCUCCCAGAGGAUGCUCAACCAGUGUCUGGAAUCUUUGGUGCAAAAGGUUCAAAGUGGAGUUGUAAUCAAUUUUGAGAAGUCUGGACCAGAUCCUCCACUUCCAGAUGACGGCCUUCCAGACAUGGUCAAAUCUGUUGGACCGCAGGCUUGGCACAGCUGUCGUAAGCUGAUUUACGUUCGACCUAACCCUAAAACCGGAGUCCCGCUAGGUCACUGGCCAAUUCCUGAAUCGUUUUGGCCGGAUCAGAAUUCUCCAACAUUGCCACCUCGCACCUCUCACCCUGUUGUGAAGUUUUCAUGCACAAAUUCUGAACCCAUGGUUAUUGAUAAGCUUCCGUUUGAUAAAUAUGAGCUGGAGCCCUCGCCGCUGACACAGUACAUCUUGGAGAGAAAAUCCCCGCAUACAUGCUGGCCGGUCUUUGUGUCCAACAGUGCAAAGUAUAGUGAACUUGGCCACCCUUUUGGCUACUUGAAGGCCAGCACGGCAUUGAACUGUGUGAACCUGUUUGUGAUGCCUUAUAACUAUCCUGUCCUCCUCCCAUUAUUGGAUGAAUUAUUUAAAGUGCACAAGGCUAAACCUUCUUUGAAAUGGAGGCAAACAUUUGAAACUUAUUUGAAAACGAUGCCACCUUACUACUUUGGGCCUCUAAAGAAAGCCUUACGGAUGAUGGGUGCCCCAAACCUUAUCGCAGAAAAUAUGGAGUAUGGUUUAAGUUACAGCGUUGUCUCCUACCUCAAGAAACUUAGUCAGCAGGCCAAAAUCGAAUCAGAUAGAGUAAUAGGCUUAAUAGGGAAAAAGUGCCCCCCCGAAACAGGCAUCAAAGUGAGAAGUUGUUCGAACGCCCUGUCCCUGGCCAAUAGGAAAGAUUUCAAACAGCUUCUACAAGAAAUCACCGGAGACGUGCCGCAGCGCCAGUUUGAUCUGUCUGUGAAGGAGUUUGCUGGGUUCCAGGUUGCUCUCUUGAAUAAGGAUUUGAAACCACAGACUUUUAGAAAUGCCUAUGACAUCCCAAGGAGAAAUCUCUUGGAUCAUUUGACCAGAAUGAGGGCAAAUCUUAUGAAGUCACGCAAGUCCCUUAGAGGGCAGGAUGAAGAUCUAUUGCAUAGCAUCCCUAUUGUUCAGAUGGGCAAUUACCAAGAAUACUUGAGAACAAUGCCUUCACCUUUGCGAGAGAUCGAUCCAGAUCAACCACGAAGACUGCACACGUUUGGUAAUCCCUUUAAAUUGGACAAAAAGGGAAUGAUGAUUGAUGAAGCAGAUGAGUUUGUGUCAGGGCAUCAGAAUAAGCACAAACGUCCAGGGGAUUCAAUGCAAGGGAUCCCGAAGAGAAGACGAUGCAUGUCACCGUUAUUACGAUGCCGGCCGCACACUCCGCCUGUGAUAAACAACCACAUUGUGGGAAAAGGUCCUCCAGCUAAUUCACAGCCGCUGGCAGACCUGCCAAAGCCGGUGCCAAUAGAUAAAAAUUCUGGGUUGAGCAAUGACGUACCCGCAAGCGACGCGACAGAAAAUCACAUUGAAGAUCAACUUUCUACAGAUUUAUUGAAUGAUCAACUGGAGCCGAUGGAGGCCUUAUCUAAUGCUUCUGUGAACAGCAUGGAGGCAGCGGAAGAUGGAGAGUCUGGUUAUGGGCUCAGUGACAGUGAUCAGGACUUUCUUGGAUCCCCUAGGCAUCGUGACGAUGUAGAAAGUGGGUAUGAGAAUAAUGUGUCCGUGUUUACGAACAAAGUGAAAAGCCUUAAGACGUGCCGGAGUUAUGAGGAGGUCAACGUAGAGCUGAAAGCACAGAUAGUGAAAGAGAUUAGGAAACCAGGGAGAAAAUAUGAAACGAUUUUCUCAUUGCUGAGAAACGUUCAGGGCAGUUUACAAACACAACUUGUGUUCUUGCAAAAUGUCAUCAAAGAGGCAGCAAGGUUUAAGAAAAGGAUGUUGAUAGAGCAGUUAGAAGGGUAUUUGGAAGAAAAUCACAAAAAGGCAAACCAAGGGAACCAUUUAAGUAGCUGUUAAGCUGUUCUUACGGAGGAAUGCUCUUUGGAUACGGAGGGACGUUCUCGCACCUCCGCUCCACGCUGGUAUCGUUUGGGACUGAAGGAAUCUGAGGCUACCAGACACAGAAUCUCAACCGUACAGUUAUCAUGCCAAAUUGGCAAUACCAUGCCUUUAACCCUUUGCGUGCCAGAGCCAAGAGCGCUGCAUUAUCUUGAAAUCGAAGGAAAGACUGUUUUUAGACGUUCUCAGUAGGCGACAGGCUGCCAUGGCAAUGGGGCGAUGGAAGGUUUUUGAAGUCUGUCAUUGGGCAGUAUGUGUCGGUUAUCCUCAGGCUUCCACCGUGUAUCUUUUUUUUUUGUUGUUGCAUCAAUGCAUCACUGGCUGUGAUGAGAAGUUUGCCAAAAAACUUAAGGGCUCGUUUAGAGACUGCUUCUAGACCGAAACGCUAGGGAAUUUACAGGACCAGGAGCCCACACCCGCUGCAGUAAUCCAAAACGUAGGCCUGACUAUGUAAUUAAAACUCAACCCAGAAGAAGCACAUGUUAUUCAAGUUAGUAUUUUGUACAUAGUUAUUUUGAAUAUAUUGUAAGUUGUACAGAAGUAUUUUGAAAACUAUUUAAACUGAGGCACUUUUGCAAUUCCAACAAUAAAAAAAAGCUCUAUUUUAGCAUUGGUCACAUUUAA